CUGCUUCGUGACGAUUACUCACCUUUCUUGUUGCUGUUCGGUAAUCGCUUUCAAUCAUGGAUUUCCUCAAGAAGAAGAUGAAGGAGCUGAUGGACGAUGACGACAAGAAGCCAGCUGACUCUCAGGCUGGUGGGCCCCCAGGCGGUGCGGGCCCUGGUGACCGCUCACUUUCCGACUCGUACUACAACCAGGGCGGGCCACCCCAGGGCCAAGGCCACCCUCCUCAGGGAUAUCCUCAACAACAGCCGUAUGGCCAAGGUCCGCCUACUCCAGGUCAGGGAUACCCGCCACAGGGCCAAGGCUACCCUCCUCAAGGCCAGGGAUAUCCGCCACAAGGCUACCCUCAACAACAGCCGUACGGCCAAGGUCCGCCUACCCCAGUAGGUCCGCCAGCGCCUUAUGGAGCGCCUCCACCAAUGCCACCUGGCUGGACCCAGCAAUGGGACCAGAACAGCCAGCGCUGGUUCUAUAUCGAGCAGGCCACUGGACGCUCCCAGUGGGACCCACCUUCGCAUCUGCCACCAGGCCCAUAUGCUCCUCCAGCCGCUGGUGCGCCCUAUGUACCGCAGGCUGGUCACGAUGAGCGUGCCUUGUUUGGAAACACGCAGGGUCAUCAAGGACACGAUUACACUGCGACCGGACAGGCUACAAACGAAGCCGAGAAGAAGAAGGGCCAUUCUACUGCUCUGCUCGCUGCAGCCGGUGUCGGAGGUCUCGCGGCCGGUGCCGUUAUUGGCCACCAACUCGCCGAUGACAGUAGCGACGACGAAAAGAGCCAUGCUGCCCCGCCACCGGCAGCGGCAGCGGCAGCAGCAGCAGCACCAGCCAUGGCUGCUCCUCCCGCUGACCCAUACGGGUAUGGCGCCGAUCCCUACAGUGUGCCUCCUCCGUCACACCCCUACGAGGACGCUCCGGCGUUUGAAGAGCCUCCUCCAGUUCCUACUCACGAUGCAGACGGUGACUCCAUCUCAAGUAGCGAUCGUGAGUCGAUGGAGGAGAAGCGCCAGGAGCUCAUUGAGGCGCAGGAAGCGUAUCAAGAGGAGCUUGAAGAACAUUACGAAGACUAACGCGCGUCGGUGAACUUGUGGAUUGCUGUUCUUUCGUUUUACCAUGCAACACGAGGGGUCACAAUGUAUCUUAGAUAGAAAUGAAACCACUCGAAAAAAUACGAGUCUUGUCCUAGC